AUGAAUACGAGUAACUCUUCAGAGUCUAAUUUGGAAGUACUGAAAUUUAUUUCUAGUGUAUCAGUACCCAGAAACUUAAGACAUAGGAAAAAACCUUUCGAAAUGUCUACAGAUGAAGAAUUUCAAUUGAGAUAUCGCUUUGUCAAGAAUACUGUUAUACAUCUAAGUGAUACCAUCAGCUCUGAUCUAGCACCCAUUAUGCAUCGGAAGUAUACAUUAUCUGUGUUAGAACAAAUUUUCUUAGGAUUACGAUUUUAUGCUACCGGUAUUUUCCAAAUAGUAAUUGGUGAUGACAUUAAUGUUUACAAAACUACUACAUCCAGAGUGGUAUAUAAAGUAAGCAAGGAAAUAGCCAAGCUAGCAAGGAGUUAUAAAAGUAACAAAUGUUGUAGACCUAAGAGAAAAAAAGCACAAUUUUUUGAUAUCGCAGGAAUUCCAAAUGUAAUUGAUUGUGUAGAUGGAUCACACAUACCUAUUCAAUCACCUGGAGGUGAGCAAGCAGAAUUAUUUAGAAAUACUUUAUGA